AUGUCAACACAGGAGAUUGCUCAGCUGUUGAGUAACACGAUUCUAAGCCCAGAUGCAGCUAUACGUUUGCAGUCGGAAACGCAGUUGAAGAAACUUUCCAAUGAUAGUUUUUUGCAGUAUGCAGGGAUACUUUCGCAAAUUUUGGCGGAUGAGAGUGUGAUUUUGGAAGCGCGGAUCUUGGCAGCAUUGACACUUAAGAACGAGUUGGUGUCCAAAGAUACUGUUAAGGCGCAGCAGUUUGCACAACGGUGGCUGACUCUAGUGGAUGCAGAGUCACGGCACCAUAUAAAGCAAUUUGCGUUGGUUGCGUUGGUGGAUAGGCAGGCUCGCGUAGCGAAUGCAGCGGCCCAAUUGAUAGCAGCUAUCGCGGAUAUUGAACUUCCUAGAGAAGAAUGGCCUGAUUUGAUGAAACUGCUUGUUGAGAAUACGGCGCAGAACCAACCAGAAAAUGUUAAGAGAGCUUCGUUGUUGGUUUUGGGGUAUAUUUGCGAGGGGGCGGACCCGUCAAGUAAAGCCUUAAUUGCCCAGUCUAAUCAUAUUUUGAUAGCGAUUGUGCAAGGUGCACAGAUAUCGGAGCCUUCCAAGAUUGUGAGGCUGACUGCGUUGAAUUCUCUUGCAGAUUCGUUGGCGUUCAUCAAGAACAAUAUGGAACGCGAGGGAGAGCGCAAUUACUUGAUGCAGGUUGUAUGUGAGGCGACGCAGGCGGACGAUGAGGAUAUACAGGCAGCUGCAUUUGGUUGUUUGUGCAAGAUUAUGGCGCAGUUUUAUUUUUUGAUGAAGCCCUACAUGGAACAAGCAUUGUACGCAUUAACGAUUUCUACAAUGCAGUCCCUCAAUGAAAAAGUAGCAUCCAUGGCAGUGGAAUUUUGGUCCACAAUCUGUGAAGAGGAGAUUGAUAUUGCAUACGAACUGUCGCAGUUCCCCGAGUCGCCUUUGCAAUCGUUUAACUUUGCGCUAUCUUCUUUACAAGAGGUGGUUCCAAAUUUGUUGAACCUAUUGACAAAGCAGAACGUUGACCCAGAAGAUGAUGACUGGAAUGUAUCCAUGUCUGCCGGUGCAUGUUUACAGCUUUUCGCCCAAAAUUGCGGUAAUUACAUAGUCGAACCCGUAUUGCACUACGUUGAACAAAAUAUUACGGGUGAAAAUUGGAGGCAACGUGAAGCAGCUGUUAUGUCCUUUGGUUCCAUCCUUGAUGGUCCCGACAAGGUUCAGCUAGUUAACUUGGUCCACCAGGCUUUGCCACCGAUAUUAAACUUGAUCAAUGAUCCUGUUUUACAAGUAAAGGAAACGGUGGCCUGGUGUAUCGGGAGAAUCGCUGACUUGGUCGUAGGUGCAAUUGACCCUGAGCAUCAUUUGGCCGACGUCGUAAAUGCGUGUUUAAUAGGUCUAAACGAUCAUUCAAAAGUGGCAACAAACUGUGCAUGGACUAUCAUUAAUUUGGUGGAACAACUAGCGGAUAGUGUUGGAUCUCCAAUAUACAACUACUAUCCAGUCUUGAUUGAUGCAUUGAUGACAACCGCUAAUAGAACAGAUAACGAGCAUGGUGUCCGCGCCUCCGCCUUUUCUGCGCUAACAACAUUGGUUGAAUUCUCCACAGAUCAGGUUGGUGAGUCGGUAACUUCUAUUUCUAGCUACGUGCUAGACAAAUUAGGUCAAACGAUAAAUAUAGACGAAACCCAACUAAGCACUGAAGACAAACAAAGCUUGGAAGAAUUGCAAUCAAAUAUCUUGACAGUAUUGUCCGCUUCCAUAAGAAAAAACCCCCAAUCAGUAGCAUCUGUUUCCGAUAUGUUAAUGGAGCUCUUUUUGAAGCUCUUGAGCAAAAAUGAAUCCUCUUACAUUGAAGAUGACGUUUUUUAUGUCAUAUCCUCUUUGGCCACUUCAAUGGGUAAAGGAUUUGAAAGAUAUUUAGAGAAAUUCUCACCCUAUUUAGUCCAUGCUCUGAACCAAGUUCAAUCCCAGGUGUCGGUAACUGCUGUUGGAUUAAUUGCAGACAUCUCUAAUUCGUUGGAAGAUGACUUCAAGAAAUUUGCACCUGCAUUCAUGAAUGUGUUAGGUACCAUGAUCUCCUCUCAAGAAGCUAAGCGAGAAUUGAAACCAGCCGUAUUGUCUGUCUUUGGUGAUAUCGCUUCGAAUAUUGGCGAGGAAUUCAUUCCAUAUUUGAAUCAAGUAAUGGCGUUGUGUGUCGCCGCUCAGAACUCUAGGCCAGAAAGCGCCUCGUUGGACGCCUUGGAAUAUAAUGUAAAGGUGCAAGAAGCUGUCCUAGAUGCCUACGUAGGUACUGUUGCGGGUUUGCAUUCGAACCCAGAUGCUUUGUUUCAGUAUGUUGGUACCAUCUUCCAGUUUUUGAGCUCUUUUGCCGAAAACCCUGCCCUAAGCAGCGAAGACACGUCCGCAAGGUCCGCCGUCGGUAUUCUCGGUGAUAUCGCCUCCAUGUACCCAGAUGGUAGAAUAAAACAGCUUUAUGCUCAAAACUGGGUCACCGAGUUCAUCAGAAAGACGAGAAGCAAUCCAAAUUUUAGUCAAGCCACAAAGGAUACUGCUAGGUGGGCUAGGGAACAACAAAAGCAUCAGCAAACCCUUUAG